CUUGGGCAAGAAACAUUGCAGCCUUUCCUAGGUCUGAAUUGCUCUGUAACAACGUGAAAAAAUUCCGGCAGGUUUCCAUGGACUCAGUACAAUAAAACGAAUAACAAACAAGGCAAUCCCUAUUUUCUCAGAAUAGCUGUUACGGUUAAGUCUACGGUCAAAUAUUCAAAUUUUUGUUAAAAAAGGAAUACAAACCGCCCGGGUGAACGGGUCAAUAGAGAGCAAAAUAAAUUAUUGAUCAUUUUGCUCGUUUUUAUGUGAAAUCAUUGAUAACUGUAACAACAACUGUUUAUAGACUACAUACCAUUCGACCACUCCACCCAUUAUUGAUAGCGAUCGAAUGAUUUCCUGCAGUUCUGUAAAAACUCUGUAACUCUCUUUGUCAUUUCUAUUUAUAUUUAUUGAUCCAUAACUCUUUUCAGUUUCUAAUUUGAACAACUGACAGCCACGAGUAUCCGGUGGUUUCAAGUACAAAUUCAAAAUGCCUGUAGGCGAUCAAUUAUAUAUGCAUGGUGGUCGUGAGGGUAUGGGUACUAUAUUUCUCUUUCUAUAUAAACCUAACCUUAUUCAUUGAGCCACAUAACACAAAAGGCGUAACCAACAAAAGCGUUAACGUAGACAUGCUGUGGGCUCUUACUUGUGUCUUUUCUUGUAUGCUUUUUCGUGCAGCAUUUGUUGAAUGUCCCGGUCUGUUUAUUCCACGUUACAAAGUCAAACCACUGUUUGGCUCAUCGUCUAUAAUAACAGCUUUGGACUCUAAUGUAACCCUGGCAUGGGUCUGCCACACCCAAGGCAAUCACACAUUAGACAAAGUUUACUGGUCGCUCUUCUUAGAUUCAGAAGCCUCAAGGUGGCCUCUUCUAGCCUUGAAACGGAACCUUGUUGGAAAUAUACAGGUAACUCCGAUGCAAGAUAGAGGGCGAAUCCAGUGGACAGGCGAUGCGAGCCAGGGAAAAUUGUCAUUUGUGAUUUAUGAUGUGAGACGUUCAGACGACUUGUUGUAUCGAAUCAGAUUAAGACUGGUUAUCCCUGAAAAUGACUCUGUCACCGUUGUGCAUCGCAAGUCUUAUUUGAGAGUGAAAGUAGCAGAAAAAGCAAGUUAUAAAGGACUUACCAGCAAAACAGCACGAUCUGCUCCGUUCGGAGAAAGUGUCAACUUCAAAUGGAAUUUCCAGAAUAACGACUCGGCAUCUUUAAAGAAUUUGACAGCAAUCAGGGCUUCUCUCGCUAUUUGGAAACAAGAAGAUCAACGUUUUGUGGAACUGUUCGUAGCACAAGCAGAAAAUAAAACGAACUUCCAUCCAUUUCAGAAUGAUGAACAUUUGGCACACGAGGAACGGAUAACCUGGGUUGGAAACCUGAGAGAUUUGUUAUUUUCAUUUAUUAUGACCAAUGUCUCCUUUGAAGACGAGAGAGAAUAUUACCUGGUGAUUUGUUUUGAAGAAUACUUAGAGCCGUACAAAGCGAUCCUUGUCUUUACCUCCACCUACCUUGAGGUCCCAGGUUCAAUGGUAUUAACUGGCAUGCCAACAUCUGAGACACGGAAUAGCGAGAGCGACCGCGGGUCUCCUUCACUGAAAGUGACCGUCGGUAUGACAAAGAAGUCGGAUAAAGAUGAUUCCACUAAUUUGAAGAAAGCUACCAAGAUUGCCCUAAUUUCAGCGGUGACGUCAGCGAUUGUGAUCAUCAUUAUCAUUAUCACGUUUUACUGCAAAAUAUGGAAACCAAAAGACCAACAAGGGAGAAAACGUCGAGGAAAGCCAAAAGAAGUUGUAGUGACGUAUAAAUCACCACAGGAAGAGGUCAGGAUGUUCAGAGCUAUUAAGUGCACCGGAAAUGACAACAGCAAGUCCACAGAUUCUAAUUCCCUCAAAGAAACUGAGCCUGCACCACCACUAUCGCCCAGGGCCCUUCGGUCACACUCUUGGGAGUUUCCAAAACAAAGACUUCAGGUCCGUGAGGUGUUUGGCCAGGGAGCAUUCGGACAAGUUGUCAAAGGACUUGCUUUUGAGAUUGCUGGUAAUGUUGGCUGGACAAUGGUGGCAAUUAAAAUGCUCAAAGAACACGCUUCAGAAUCCGAUCGACAUGACCUUCUGUCAGAACUGUCAAUCAUGAAAAAGCUACCUCCGCAUCGACACGUGGUCAGGCUUCUAGGCUGCGUCACUACAUCAGCUAAUCUCCUGGUAAUUGUGGAGUUUGCUUGUCAUGGUGAUCUGCUUGGUUAUCUACUAAAAAGCCGAGGUCUCCCUGACACAUAUUACAAGACAACUGGCAAGCUCACCAGAGUUACGGCAAAGAAGAUGAUAAUGUUCGCCUGGCAGAUUGCUGAUGGAAUGAAUUUUCUCGCCGAAAAUAAGGUGAUCCACCGUGAUUUGGCUGCACGCAAUGUGUUGGUAGCAGCUGGAAAUGUUUGUAAAAUUACAGAUUUUGGCCUGGCCAGAGAAGUGCACGAAAAUGACAUGUAUACAAUGAGAGCUGGGGGUCGGGUGCCAGCAAAGUGGACAGCGUAUGAGGCACUUCUGUAUGGCGUCUUCACAACUCAAAGCGACGUGUGA